UUGUUAAAUUGGAUUACAUUUGUACAAACUGAAUAGUGGAGAAAUAAAAGAAAAUGAAGAAUGCCUAAACUAACAUGUUAAACUUGAAAAAGAUAAGAAUACUUGCACGUUGUACCGCUUAAACGUACGUAUAUAUUAAGUGAAAUGAAUAUUCUGAUGUAUGUUCCAAACAUUCGUAAGGGAUGGCUGAAAAGGAGGCAAAGAUUGAAUACGUGACAGAACCUUGCCCUAUUAAACCUCGUAAAAUAGGUCCACAGAAUAUAGUGGUACGCUUAAAGCGGCGGGAAACAUUUGGUUGUCCUUAUCCAGGGACACAUGUGCACAGUGCCAGACAAUUUUAUCAAAAUGUAUUCCCAAACUUUACUGUUAUGAAUGUAGAGAAACCUCCAUGUUUUCUCAGAAAGUUUAGUCCCGAUGGUCGUUAUUUAAUAGCUUUUAGCGCUGAUCAAACUUCCAUAGAAGUUUACGAAUAUUGUGGUGCAUCUGCAGCUGCUGAUUUAUUGGCAAAUUGUGAAGGAGAAUAUAUUGGUCAUAAAAAUGAUGAACGCAGUUUCCAAAUAAGAAGUAACAUUUUUAGUCGAUUUUUCAAGGCUAAAUGGAUUGUGAAUGUAGUUCAAAGUAAUGAACAAUUAAACAGAGAAUGCAGUUUGUUUACUGACGAUGGUCGAUAUGUGAUUGUUGGUUCAGCUGCUCAUAUUCCAGAUGAAUUAAGACCACAUUUUUACCAGAUUUACUCUAACAAUGAAGCAUUAACUCCAAAUCCCAGAUCACCACUUGAAGACUAUAGUUUACAUCUUGUUGAUUUACGUGGGGGAAAAUUAUGCGAUACUAGACAUUUUAAAGUAGACAAAAUAUAUUUAUCUCACAAUCAGGGCCUCUAUCUCUAUAAAGAUAUAUUGGCAGUAUUAUCUGUGCAACAUCAAACCAUUCACAUAUUUCAAAUUCUUGAUGGAAUGUUUAUUAAUGUUAGAACAAUAGGAAGGUUUUGUUUAGAGGAUGAUGCUUACUUGGUUACAAGCGCUUGUCCAGGAGUAAACUGCCGCCCAUUUAGAGAUGUUACAAUAAACAGUCUUAAGCACAAAUUAUUGGUUUAUCUGUACAAAAGAGCAGCGUACAUUAGCGAUACAACAAAGGAUCCAUAUGAAUUAAGGCGUUUCUAUCAAUAUUUUGACCAAUUAAAUGCAUUGCGAAUGUGGAAAAUGCAAUUAUUAGAUACAAAUCAUAUACUUGUAAGAUUUGCGAGUGAGGAAGUGGCAACGCUUCAAGCAAAUGAACCUAACGUGCAACCGGCACUUUUGGUGGUUUAUGAUAUGGUUACUGCUAAAAUAUUAGCUGCGUAUGAUAACGCAUCCACACAACUGUUGACACAAUUUGAAAACUUUAGUGAUUUCUUCAGAAAUGCUAGAAUGAGUAGCGAUUGUCAGUAUAUGUGUUCACCAUCCAAUAACAUCUAUGCAAGAUUAUUACAGCAAAGAUUCAAACAAACAAUAGUAAGUGCCAGGUAUGGUGGUGUUACAGAAGCUACGAAAAGAUUACUUGCUCAAUUGCCGAUAUGCGCUCAAUCGUACUCUAGUUCUCCAUAUCUGGACUUAUCUCUAUUUUGUUAUGAUGAUAAAUGGGUAUCCAUGAUGGAGCGUCCGAAGGCUUGCGGCGAGCAUCCUAUACGGUUUUAUGCCCGUGAUUCUGGCCUCUUAAAAUUUCGAAUGUACGCGGGAAUGCUAGGACGCACAACACCUACAGCUGCAAGGCGACUGGUUGCAUUUACGUUCCAUCCGACAGAUCCGUUUGCUAUUUCCGUUCAACGAACGAACGCUGAAUACAUCGUCAGUUUCCAUGUUAGGCACGUUUGA